CUGUUUCGUGUUGGGCGUGAAGCAAUCCUUACACGUUUAUCUGAUGCUCUGCUAUCCAACAGGAACCUGACUUCUCCUUUGUAAUCUGAAGGCAGGGGAUUCUCUUCAGGACCAAAACAAGGCUAUUUGGAGUGAUGUGCUAAUGGCUGAAAACAAGGAAACUAUGGAGGCUUCAGAUGACCAUGAUAAUGCUCCAUCUGCUAAGAAAAAUGGACAAACCUCGCUGCUGGACAGCGGGGAAGACUUCGAGGUUUUAAAUGAAGAAGACAUUGACGAUGAACCUCCUCCUCUGGAAGAUACUGGUGGUGGAAAGGGAAAAAGCACAGACGAUAAAGAAAAGAAAACUGCUGAUGAAGAUCCAGACCCACCUGGUCAAGUUGAUGAAUGGCUAGAUGUAUUAGGUAAUGACCAGCUGAAGAAAAAAAUCUUGGAGGCAGGAAAAGGACGAGACAGCCGGCCUCUGAAAGGACAGAAUGUGAAGAUUCAUCUGAAAACAAACCUGAUGGAUGGGACACUUGUAGAGGAGCAGUCUGAUCUGUCCUUUACUUUAGGAGAUGGUGACGUUAUCCAGGCACUGGAUCUGACAGUGCAACUCAUGGAAAUGGGAGAAAAGGCUCUGAUCCAGACUGACGCAAAAUAUGCAUAUGGAACCCGGGGAAGUCUUGUUCCUGAGAUACCCCCAAAUGCUGAGCUGUCUUUAGAAGUGGAACUGCUGGAAGCUACUGAUGCUCCAGACCUAGAACUACUACCCCCCGCAGAAAAGAUUGCUCUGGCCAUCUAUAAGAGAGAGAGGGGCAAUGUCCACUACCAGCGCGGGGACUAUGCUUUUGCUGUUAACUCGUAUAGCGUUGCCCUUCAGAUAACAGACUCUAGCUCUAAAGUUGAUAUUAGCCCUGAGGAGGAGAAUGAGCUGUUGGAUGUGAAAGUGAAGUGUCUGAACAACAUGGCUGCUUCUCAGCUGAAACUGGACCACUACGAUGCAGCUUUUAAGUCUUGUGUCUCAGCACUUGCACACCAGCCGGACAACAUAAAAGCACUUUUCCGCAUGGGCAAGGUGCUAGCUUUGCAAGGUGAAUACACAGCUGCCAUUCAAACCUUGAGGAAAGCACUGAAGCUGGAACCAAGCAACAAGACAAUCCAUGCAGAGCUCUCCAAGCUUGUGAAGAAGCAUUCAGAGCAAAGGGGAGCAGAACAGGCCAUGUAUAAGAAGAUGCUUGGUAAUCCCUCUAAUAGCAGCAACACACAGAAACCCCAGGCCAAGUCUUCAUGGGGUUUCAGCUGGAAGUGGCUUUUUGGCGCAACUGCAGUAGCCAUUGGUGGUGUAGCUUUGUCCGUUGUCAUAGCUGCCAGAAAUUGAAGUGUACCUGUAAUGAAGACUUAAUGAGUCAACAGCAGUGGAGGAGCCUAAUCGCUGAAGCACAUAUGACAGUGCCCUCUGACCCUUUAGCAGAAGCGGGUGAAAAUAUCAGUUUGUCGCUUUCUGUUUCUCUACUAUGUUUGAGAACUAUAUGUGACAAAUAAUAAAUCAUAAAUAAUUGCAUAUGAAAUUGCGUUUUUCCAGCCUUGCUAAUGUGUAGGUUUAUGCGUAGCCGUCACAUUGCCAGACACUGUUUUCUUUUGCUGCCAUUGCUUGUGUUUUCAUUGGUGGGAACUGAUUAUUUGUAUUGAAAAAUCAUUUAGAGCAGAUUCAGACAAGCUAUUUAAUUUUUUUUUUCAUACAUAAAACAAUGGCUAUUGUGGUAUGGUACUCUAUGCUGUAGUUUCAAAGUAUUAGAUUGUGCUUGUAAAAUGUUAUCAAAGACUUGAUUUUAUUUAUGUUACAAUGAUUCCUAUCAAACAACUCCUGAUUGUCUGAGGUCCACAAGAUGGCAAGUACCUCGCCACUUCCACAGUUAUAUAUCCAGGCAGAUCUCUGAUGUACAUCUUGAAGAUUGAGGUGGUUUCACACUGAAAAAUGCUUUUACAAUUAUGCCUACCUCAUUAACAAGAUGGAGGAAAAAUAUAUAUGUAACAAAAUAAACUGCAGCCACAAUAAUCAUGCAAAUCUGUGUACUCCAAUAAAUACAUAUGCAUGACUGUUGUACAGGGUUGUAUUAAUAUCUGAAGGGUUCCUUCAUACUUGAUCACUAAUGUAUACACAAUUUAAGUUAUGGUGUACAGAGAUUCUCAGUAGUGAAGUGGAAGGAGAAUUUGUUUGAUUUUUAGUGUGAUACCUCAAUUUGUGAUGAUUUAAGACCAAAUAUGUUGAAUGAUGGUUCCUCCAACAGUCUGCAUGGGAGGUUGUCACCAUAUUAUGUUCUUAAGUUUUUUCUUCUUUCUUUUUUUUCUACAUUAUUUGCUUGUUUAAACACACUUUGUGACUACUAAAUGUGUGGCUUCCUCAGAAUAGGUGAUUGCCCGCUAGAGCCAAAAGUUGCAUCAUCUCUAAAUAUUUGUUCUCACACUAAUUGAUCAGAAAAGUUCCCAGCAUUCCCUGCGUUUGUUAAUUUUGUAUUAAUCACAAUAAAAAUGUCUUAUCAAA